AUGCCACAGGUUUAUGUUUUUUUAAAGGUAGUUUUCAAUAUCCCUUCUAUUUCUCCACAUCCCUUUUUGCCAUUUCUAUUUUUUGUCGCUUUCUUUCUUUUUGCAUAUUAUCUCUUUCUCUUUUUAUAUUCUUUUCUUCUCCCCCUCUUUUUUUAUUUUUUUUAUAGUUUUUUAUUUCCUUUAUUUCUUCUCAUUUUCCAUCUAAUUAUCUCACCUUCCUCCUUCUCUGUUUUUCUACUUCAUCAAAUUUCCAGUUUUAUAUUUUCUCUUUGCUUUUUCUCAUAUUUAGUCCUGUCUUUAUAUUUUGUUCUUUUUUUAUAUCUCUCAUUCUUCUCAUAUCUAUCUAUCUAUCUAUCUAUCUAUCUAUCUAGCAAAACUUUCCUAUCCUUUGACAGCCUUAAUUUCUGCCACAUACUUUCUCUUUCUUUCUCUAUUCUCUUUAUUCACCUGUUCUUUCCUUUUGAUCAUAUUUUUAAUCCCCUUUUACAUUCUCUCUCUUGUAACCUUUUACUUUCUCUCUCAUUUCUCUUUCUUUCAAUAGCUGAACUACUCUUGUGUUCAAAUUUCUGUCAUUCUCUUUCUUAUCCUUCCUUUUAUUCUUCUUUUCUUUCUCCACACAUUGUCUCUUUCCAUCAUAAAUGGCUUUCCCAAUGCUUUUUCUCUUAA